GACACACACACACACACACGCCCUUACAGUAGAUGAAAGUGAAACUUAAGUAACAGCAGAAGACCACAAGAGAAAAGAGACACGGAGCUCGUCGACUGGUUGGAACAUUUUACUCUUUACGUUGAUUUCUCUUCUAAAAACAUGUCAAACAGCAAGAGAAUUGCCGUCCUGGGAAAAACUGGAGUUGGGAAAAGCAGCGUGGCUAACACCAUAUUUGGAGAGCAACGGUUCAAGAUCGGACACACUGUGAACUCUGAAACCCAAAAAUGUCAAGCAGUAACUAAAUCUGUCAAUGGAGGAAACAUCACUUUGAUUGACACUCCUGGUGUCUUCGACACAGAUCGAUCUGAGGAGGAGCUGAAGUCUGAAAUAGUGAGGUGCAUCACAGAGUUCGCUCCUGGGCCUCAUGCCUUUCUCAUUGUGCUCAAAGUGGAGAGAUUCACCGAGCAGGAGCAGGCUGUCGUCGCUAAAAUAGAUCAAUACUUUUCUGAAGAAUUUUUCAAGUAUGCAACAGUCCUCUUUACUCAUGGUGACCAGCUCCCUGAAGGAGAGACCAUUGAGGACUUUGUCCGUCAUAAUAAGCAUGUGAGGGAUCUGGUGAGAAAGUGUGGAGGCCGCUGCCACGUCAUUGAUAAUAAAUACUGGAAGAACAACCAGCAGGAUGAAUACAGGAACAACCAGUUCCAGGUGAAGGAGCUCCUCAAGACAAUAGAUGAGAUGGUUGAGGAAAACGAAGGAAGAUGCUACACCAAUGAGAUGCUACAAGCAGUGGAGGAAAGAAUAAGGCAGCAGGAGCAACUCAUUAAACAGACAGCAGGAAACAAGUCAGAGGGAGAGAUCAGAGAGGAGGCGAAAGACAACACAUUUAAGGAGCUUUGUAUCGAUUUGGCAACUGUUACAGCAGUUGUAUUGUUGGGAGCUGUUUUUGGUGUAGAAUGUUUAGCGAUAGCGGUAGAGUUUGCCCUCGCCAGAAGAGGAAAUACAUAAUUGCUCUAACAGUAACAUCUGUAGUGUGAGCGGUGGCAGGAGGUCUGCAGGAUAUUGUGCAGCUGAGGGAGCAGACGCACUAUUGGAAGCAGCAGAGAGGUCAGCGAAGGUCAUCAUUGAUGGAAGCAAAUCUACUGCGGACGUAAAACAUUGUUUGAGUUAAACGACAGAGUUUAAACCUGUAAUGAGCAAAAACUCUUGGAGA